GGCAAAAACCUGUUGACACUCGAACGGCUGUAUUAGACGACGAUACCAGAGAUACGCACAGUACAAGUGGUGUUAGUGAAGAAAAUAUUAUCGAAUAUUGGACAGAAGCAACCGACGGCGAACAAACGGCUCUCGAGAUGACUACUUCGAACAGCGCAGGAAACGAGCAUAACAUGAGACUCUUCAAGGACGUCUAUGAGGUAUUACUUGCUUUUGAUCCUAUUAAACCCGAUGCAGAUAUUAACAAUUGGAUAUGUAAACUAGAGGAGUACGCACUUUUAUAUUCUUGGGAUGAAGUAGCUCGAAAACACUACGCGUUAGCGAAAUUAGAAGGUGUAGCACGGAAAUGGCGCGAUAGUCUUCCCGCAGGUCAACGGUCUUGGACCGAGUGGAAGGAACUAUUGGUGGAAGCCUUCCCAUGCGACACUAGUUGUAUCAAAUUGCGUCUUGAUGCUCAAGAAUACAGUAGAAAACCGGGACAGGAUAUAGUCGAAUAUUAUUACGAAAAGCUGUCUAGAUGUAAUAGAGCAAAGAUGUCAGAUCAAGAAGCGGUCGAAUGGAUAGUCCAAGGGUUGAAAAAUACACGAUUUCGAGAUUUCUUGGGUCCAUUGGCGAAGUAUACGAAAGCCAAUUUAUUGUUGCCAGAUUUGAAAAGCGCUAACCACUUAUUGCAGGAGAAUUCACAGCGUAUCCAAGAGAUUGGUCAUGCCAAUAAGAGAAAACCAACCAUGACAUGUUAUAAUUGUAAUGGUCAAGGUCAUGCCGCGAAUAGAUGUUCGAAACCGAGAAAGUAUUGUGUGCUUCAAAUGUCAGAAAAGUGGACACAUUGCGAAGGAUUGUAA